GUUUGGAGCGGGACGCUUCCCUCUCCCUGAGCUUCCCCGGACAGCGCGCUUUGGGGACGCGCUCGGCUCACUCCGGACUCGCACCUCUCUUCUCCCACCCGGCCAUAGCCUUGGCUUCCCGGCGACCGCAGCGUGGUCACAGGGGCCCCCCUGUGCCCAGGGAAAUGUUUCAGGCUUUCCCCGGAGACUACGACUCCGGCUCCCGGUGCAGCUCCUCGCCCUCCGCCGAGUCUCAGUAUCUGUCUUCAGUGGACUCCUUCGGCAGCCCACCCACCGCCGCCGCCUCCCAGGAGUGCGCCGGUCUCGGGGAAAUGCCCGGUUCCUUCGUGCCCACGGUCACAGCGAUCACAACCAGCCAGGACCUCCAGUGGCUGGUGCAACCCACCCUCAUCUCUUCCAUGGCCCAGUCCCAGGGGCAGCCACUGGCCUCCCAGCCCCCGGCUGUCGACCCCUACGACAUGCCGGGCACCAGUUACUCCACCCCGGGCAUGAGUGGCUACAGCAGCGGUGCAGCUAGUAGCAGUGGUGGGCCUUCCACCAGCGGAACCCCCAGUGGACCUGGGCCUGUUCGCCCAGCCCGAGCCCGGCCUCGGAGACCUCGAGAGGAGACGCUUACGCCAGAGGAAGAGGAGAAGCGAAGAGUUCGCCGGGAACGAAACAAACUCGCCGCCGCGAAGUGCAGGAACCGCCGGAGGGAGCUGACUGACCGGCUCCAGGCGGAGACAGAUCAGCUGGAGGAAGAAAAGGCAGAGCUGGAGUCGGAGAUUGCCGAGCUCCAAAAGGAGAAGGAGCGUCUGGAGUUUGUGCUGGUGGCCCACAAACCGGGCUGCAAGAUCCCCUACGAAGAGGGGCCGGGGCCCGGCCCGCUGGCGGAGGUGAGAGAUUUGCCGGGGUCAGCAUCCGCUAAGGAAGACGGUUUCGGCUGGCUGCUGUCGCCCCCGCCACCGCCGCCCCUGCCCUUCCAGACCAGCCAAGACGCACCCCCCAACCUGACAGCUUCUCUCUUUACACACAGUGAAGUUCAAGUCCUCGGCGACCCCUUCCCCGUUGUUAACCCUUCGUACACUUCCUCGUUUGUCCUCACCUGCCCGGAGGUCUCCGCGUUCGCCGGCCAACGCCCCAGCGGCAGUGACCAGCCUUCCGACCCCCUGACCUCGCCCUCCCUUCUCGCUCUGUGAACUCUUUAGACACAAAACAAACACACACAAGGGAGAGAGAUUUGGAAGAGGAGAGGAGGAGGACGAGGGGAAGAGACAAAGCGGGCUGCCAGGCCUCUGCUGUCCGCCCCUCUGCCGCCACUGCCAGCCACAGGAGGACCCCUGGGGUUUUGUGCCGCCUCUUGUUUCUGCGGCCCCGCGAGGCCAGAGAGCUGGUGACUCUGGGGACAGGGGGUGGGGAGGGGAAGGAGGCCCCGGGCUGCCUGUGGGCCGUCUGACCGCCACCCAACCUCUGGGGAUGG